GCUCUAAAUAAUUGCUCUUCCUUCUCUCUCCCUCUCUCUCUCUCUCUCUCUCUCUCUCUCUCUCGCUCUCCGAUUCUUUUCUUCUCCUUUGUCUGUGAAAUUUGCUGUCUCAAUCAUAUCCUGUUUCGUAGCUCUGGAUUUCUAGCUUUCUGUUUCCAGCGGCGGAGGUUGGCUUUUCAUUUAUCUUCUCAUGGCAUCUGUCCCGUUGAACGAGAUCGACACAGCUCAUCAGAUGUUCAGAGACGGACAGUACGAGCAAGCGCUAGGCUUUUAUACACAGGCACUCUCCAUGGCCAAAACCAAGGCCCAGAAGAUCGCUUUGCAUAGUAACCGAGCUGCUUGUUUUUUAAAAUUGCACGAUUUCAAAAAGGCAGCUGAAGAAUGCACAUCCGUGCUCGAGCUUGAUCACAAGCACGCUGGAGCGCUGAUGCUGCGGGCGCAGACGCUGGUCACCCUCAAGGAGUAUCACUCCGCCCUCUUUGAUGUCAACAGGCUUAUGGAGUUGAACCCCUCUUCAGAAGUUUAUCGAAAUCUUGAAGCUCGGUUGAGGACUCAAUUGUCUCUUGCCCCAAUACCUGAAUCUGAUGCUGAGCUGGAAGAAGAGGAUGAAAAAGAUGAAGCAGAACUAUGUAGACAUGAGGAAGAACAAGGUGGAGAAGAAGAUGCAGCUACAGCAAUAGCAAGAAAUAAUCAGCAAACUCAGCCUUGUAAAACUACUGUUAAUCCAGAAGUUGAUGUGCCUAAAAUACCAAAGAACAGUUGGUCUUCUGAAAUAAGUAGAGAGCAAAAGUUUGAGCCGAGAAAGACCAUCGCUGCUGAAGUUAUUGCCCAAGCACAGCGGAAGGUUGAGCCUAGAAAGACACUUGCUGCUGAAGUUAUAGCUCAAGCACAGAGGAAGAAGGAAUCAUCUGACCAGCAUUCCAAGGGAUGGCAAGCAAUUCCAAAACCAAAGGGCCACUCUGCUUUGGAUUAUGCUCGUUGGGAUAGAGUUGAGGAUGACUCAAGUGAAGAGGAUGACGAAGAAGAUGAUGAAGAUUCUCCGCCUCAGUAUCGGUUCCGUGUAAGAACUGUUGGGGUUCGGGCAGUGAAGUGAGAUAUAUGGCUGCAGGUAUCAGUGCCAUACCACAAUGAGAAGUUGAAGUACUCAUGACUUGGAAAUUCUCUUAUAGAUGUAUCAUGACAAAACUAUGAAAGUCCCCAAAAGAAGGAACACGAACUUUGACAUGUCACGUCUUGUCACAUGUAUUAAGCUGGGAGCUGAUGGCCAAAUGAUCAUUCUAACUGAGAAAAUUUGGAAGGAUGAAUUUUGUAUCCUGGACUUGAGCAAGUUGCUGUUCCAACAUCUUUCUCACUGUCUUUUCUUAUGCUAUGUUGCUAAAUGAUGAUGUGUGUGAACCUGGGACUGAAACAGAUGAUCUUUUACUAUGGAAAUUGGGAAGAACUGGUUUUGUAUGACAGACUCGAGCAAGUUCAGUGUCGCUCUCACUAUGGCCUUAUGCAAAUGAAGAUGACCACCAUCAACUGUAUCUUAAUGGAUAGAACCUGAGGUUUUGGUUAUCAUUAUUGUUCAUGUGUUGCAGCCCGACCCUUAUAAAUCACAAAGUUGGAAUGUUUCUUCUAGUCGCCAAUGAUGGAGGGGCAAGGUUUCUUGCUAGAGGCAUUAUGUAAGCUUCCAAACCUAAAGACUUCUCAACAAAAUAACAAAUCCAUGUGUGUUAUAUAUAAUUAACCAUCUACUUUAUUUAUUUAAUACAAUGUCGAAUGUUCAAUUUCCACAAAUCUGAGCUUUAGUUCAGUUGUUGAAUAUGAAUUUAGGUAUGGUUACUACUGACA